GCAGGCGCCGCUGCAUGGCGUCACGUGAUGACGCUUUGAGCGAGCUCGACGGAAACGGAAAAGGCCAAGAGGAGCCAACAUGGCGGACAGGCUAACGCAGCUUCAGGAUGCUGUUAACUCCUUGGCUGAUCAGUUCUGUAAUGCAAUUGGAGUCCUGCAGCAGUGCGCGCCUCCUGCCUCCUUCAGCAACAUCCAGACCGCCAUCAACAAAGACCAGCCUUCCAACCCUACAGAAGAAUACGCUCAGCUUUUUGCAGCACUGAUAGCAAGAACAGCAAAAGAUGUCGACGUGCUGAUUGACUCUUUGCCCAGUGAAGAAUCUACUGCCGCACUGCAGGCUGCUAGUCUGAGGCAGUUGGAAGAGGAGAACCAGGAAGCUGCAGCUCGUCUGGAGGAAGUAGUUUACCGGGGAGACAUGCUGCUGGAGAAGAUCCAGUCAGCUCUAGCAGACAUCGCCCAAUCACAGCUGCGCACACGCAGCGGAGCCCCGAGUCAGUCGACACCGCCAGAGUCAUGACAGCGACUGACCCCAAACUAACAUGGACUAUAUCAUCUGUACACAGCAGGGAUUUUAUACUCAUCCUUCAUGGAUUGCAGGAGAUCUUGUGUUAAAUGUACAGUUUGUUUUUGGACUGAAAAAUUAUUCUGAUUUUGUUCUGUAAGUGCCCACUCUUUCCCAUCGCAUGUCUUGUUUAUACGACCUCUGAUGUUGUUUUCAACCUGUAUUAACUGUAAAUGUUGAGCAUCCGUCAGCCUAGACACCCAAGUUGUUUUUUUUGUGUAUUUCUUUUUCAUGCCAGGAUCAUGCUUUGUCUGGUUUAUUUUGAAUAAAAUUUUGUCUGUGUUUCACAAAAGAAAGUGCUUCUUAUUUGCAAAUUGAAUUAUGAUGGUAAUCUCAUGCAAUGAAAGCCUACAAGACUCAGAACUUCACAAAUGUGAAUUAAUUGAGUUUUUAAUCCAAAUCUACCACAUGCAUUAAAGAACUCGGAGACAACAUGUUUUGCAUCUCAUCUUAGUUUUGCUGAAUGUUUAAUUGUGAGACCAACAGUUUUAGUAUAUAAACAUUUUAUACACGUUACACAAUGGGAAUUCAAAGUGCUAUAAAUGAAUAUGAUAAAAAAGAUUAAAAUGCAUUGAGCAUAUCUAUAAAAUGUGCAACAUACAACAUUAUUUUAUAUUAUUUUUUCAGUUUGUAAUUUUGAUUCUUUAGUUAAGCUACUAUUUACAUAAAUGGCAAAACUUACUCGGAGCUGUCAUCUGGUGGUCGUAUAGUUGAACUUGUUGUUUAUAAAUAUGUCUGCUAAAUAUUCAAUGUAUUUUUGUAAUUAAAAUGUCAUAUCAUAAGUUCGGAUAAACGGCACCCUGCACGUUUGCAAAAA